CUUCCACCCCUUCUUCUGCAUUUGCAGUCUCAAUAAGUACAUCUACAUAUAUACAUUCAUGUUGUGUUGAUAGUUGUUUAGAUUAUUAGUGGGGAUGGGCGAGAAGAUGAAUAAGGAGGCAUUGGUAGUUUGUAGUGAUAAGAGUACGGGUAUCGGGAUAGCUGUGUGGGACUUGGAAACCGGCGAACAACUCCUCCAUAUCCCCACCUGUGCCGCCGCUCCUCACGGGCUAUUUUGUUUGAGAAACCAUUUUAUUGUAGCUUCUCAAAGUAACAGGCACGGCUCUUUGGGUGGUGGUUCCAUCUUUAGUUGGCCAUUGAACAAGCCUCAGUCACCACUGCGGAGCUACACAAUGGAGGCUAUCGGACCCAUUUCUUGCACAAAAGAUGGCAUAUAUAUUGCAGGUGGAGCUCCUUCUGGGAAUGUGUAUCUUUGGGAGGUUACUAACGGAAGAUUGCUGAGAACAUGGCAUGCUCAUCAUAAAUCUUUGAAGUGUAUGGUCUUUUCUGAUGAUGACUCGCUUCUUAUAUGUGGUUGCACUGAUGGAAUUGUCUCUGUUUGGCCUAUGAUUAGUUUGCUAGACAAGGAAGAUUCUGGAAGCUCGCCUUAUUUGCUGCAUUUCUCAUCAGAACACAGAUCUUCUAUAACAGGGUUAGUAACUAUGUCAGCUGCUGCAAGUUCCAUUUUUGUAUCAAGCUCUCUUGAUGGAUCAUGCAAGGUUUGGGAACUAGUUUCGGGAAGGCUUUUAAGAACUCUAGUUUAUCCAACGUCAGUGACAGCCAUUGCUCUUCAUCCGGUAGAGCAUCUCUUGUUUUCUGGUAGUGUAAAUGGAAAAAUAUUUGUUAAUGUGCUUGAUGUUGGAGCAGUUGAGGAUCUGUUUGUCACUACAGAAGACCAAGCAUUUGUGCUAAAAGGACACAAUGAAUCAAUAACUGCAUUGACUGUUAGUGGAUUUCAUCUCAUAUCUGCAUCAGAGGAUUUCACCUUCUGCCUUUGGGAUAUAAUCAAUCGGGUUGUCCUUAGAAGAUUCAACAAUAGAAAAGGUGCAUUGACUAAUAUGGUUGUGAUUAAGCAGUCGUCAUUACUUCCCAUCUCAAACCAUCAAAGAGUUCCUAAUAAAUUCCAGGUUUCUUUGCUCCAAAAAUAUCAUCAGCCUUCCAACUCAUGCAUGGGAAUCACUAUGUCUCUUUCUUCGCCGGCUUGCCAUAACAAGCUAACUCCCAUUCAUUUCCAUGGAAAUAAUUUUCUAGACCACUUAAUAUCCUGUUCAGAGCAAGAAGAACAAGCACCUGGAAUGCUGCAAAUGAAACUGGAGAAAAACAUAGACGAUCGACUCUGGGUGACGAGCAUGACAAAGCAUGUAAUGGAGAUGAACAAGCAUUUGCAAUCUCGUUUGCUGGAUAUGAUGCAAUGUCGGUUGCUAUGCAACCCGUAUGAGCCAGGUUCUUCCCCAAAGAAAAAAAGACAGAAAAUCACGUCUGAAGAUCAUAGUCCAGAGGAGCAAUCUUCGUAAUUUAAAACCUUGGGAUUGUUGUUGACAUUGAAAUUACUGUUUGCAGCUGGAGAUUUAUAUACCUCCACCGUCAAAAUCAUCUUUUACCCAACUUUGUUUA